ACAAAAUCAAAGUGUAUCUACUACGUGAAAAAUAUUCGUAACAAAUCUAACGGAAUUAAAUUAGAAAUGUGGCUACUACUUUUAAUUAUUACGGCUGACGCGAUUAUUGGAACACCGAAUGUCGAAAACACGGAUUCGAUUCAACAAACAUUCGAAGAUAUUAACAAGGAUAUUAAUUCGGCAGAAUUAUUACAUAUGAGUCUUAAUAAUGAAAAAGACAAUGAUUUUCAAAAGAGUAUAAAUAAACGAUUUGUGGAAGGAUCGAAGAGUAAUUUUUGGUAUGUUUUGAAAAAUAGCGAAAUUCUACCCACCAUCUCGUUACUUUACUUACCAACAAAUAAACGAAACUAUAAAUCAAAUGAAUUGGAAGAUAUAAAAAAUCCAUUCUUCAGUCGGUGUGAUGGCAAACGAGUUGGUCAUUUCAGAUCAUCGAAGAUUGAAAGACCCAUUCGUAUGCCAUUUAACAGCUGGGGUGGCAAAAGAGGACAUUUGGAUGAUCCAGCUAGUUUUUUAAUGACGAAAGGCAGCAAAUCAGUUUCUGAUAAGGAUGCUCAACAAAGCUUUUAUGAAUACGUCAAAAGAUUACCCAACUUUGGUAGAAGAACACCAUUCUAUAGUUGGGGAGGAAAACGAAGUAUAAAUUCAGAAUCUGAUUUAAACAAAAACGUGGAUAAUACUCCUGAAGAAAAAAGUGAAUUUUAUUUACCUAAUGAAGAUACAACGGAAGAUACAAUCUUGGAUGAAAUAGAAGAUGAAAAACGUGCUGCUCUGAUAAAAACUAGUAGAUCACGAAUUGGUUUUAAUAGCUGGGGAGGAAAAAGAAACAACGAUAAGGAGUUUCAUUUACCUGUAACUAACGAAUCGAUAAAUUUCGAAGAUGUAAUUGAUAGAAACAAUAAUCCAACCGAUCAACUACAAAUUCUAGAAAAGAAAGCUAUUAAUGAAUACUCCAGAAGAUUUCACUUUCAACCUUGGGGUGGUAAAAGAAGCACAAAUGCAGAAGUUGUAAUCAUUCCUAAUAAUUAUGAUCUUUAUGAUAAUGAUCCAACAAAAGAAAGAAAAGUCUUUUUUCCAUGGGGUGGAUAAACUGAUGUAGAGUAUAUAUACAUCAUUGAAAUCAAUUAUUAACUUCUACAAAGACAUUGAAACAAUCUUUAAACUAAUUCCUAGCAAAAAUAAAAAGAACUAUCUUCUCAGUUUCAUAAAAA